AACCCUUUUCCGGUCAACAUCAAUUAACAACUUAACAUCUAGUCAGCGGAUCGCCAACAAUUAAUACGAGUAUUCCCAUUCUUGAGAUUUCCAUGCUUUUAUUAGGAAGGAUAUCAAGCAAAUGCUUUGAUCAUGGCUAGGCCAACACUAUUUUUAAAAUCUAGACAAGACUUUGGUGAACCGCUGGUACCUUUACAUCUCGAACCCACCAGACCCAACAAGCAUAUCCAACGUUCAUUGGCUUCGCGGCCAGUCACUGCCCUCUUGAACAGCCCCCCUCCAUGUCCAUACGUUUCUGCAAUUAAGGACCUACAAUCGACUUCCUCGGUUGAUCCUCGGUAUCCUUACGUCACGAUCGAUGUAUAUCUCUCUGCAAGUAACAGGAUCAGGUACACAAGUAAGUCUCGCAUAGCGAGUGCGGUUCCUCUGUCGGGACCUCAGCGAGGACGUUACGCCCGGUCGCUGAGGGAUCAGCGGGAAAAUAGUGUACAAGACGCGGGAGAGCCUUUCCUGAGACAUAUUUCUUCGGGUUAUCAGCAAUCGUUCAAUCUUGGAACUUGGCCAUAUUUUGAGGAACUUUAGGACGCCAUGACUGUUGAACUACCGUGGUGCUGAAUGCAAAAUGUGGUGACCAUAUCAUAUCACCUGGUUGUAGACAAUUCAAGAUCGGGCGAUUGAAGGAGUUCUUAUUCUGAUAUCGAGCACGAAAUCAGCAGAUGAUUUUCACUCUCCCAGUUUUAGAGAACACAAGAAUGCACUGUUAAUUAUUGGUUGAUUUUGUCACUCAUUGAAAAUAAGGCAUCCCCUUGAGAAAGGAAAU